GCGGGGAAGACGGGGCGGCCCCUCCUCGGGCGCCCCGCCGCCGUGCCGCCCGCCAAGCAGCCCCCGUCGCAGCGCUCGCUUUCUCAGUUCUUGACCGCGAAGAAGGGCGGCGGCGCACCGCCUGCGAAGGCAAAGGCGAGCGCGGAGCCCAAGGCAAAGGCCACACAGAAAGCGAAGAAGAAGCCAGCAGCGGCGGCGCCUUCGACGGCGGAGGACGCAGCAGCAGGGGCGGACGAGGCAGAGCCACAGCAGCAGGCUCAGACGCAGCACAGCAAGAAGUCGGCUGCAGCCUCCAAAGCACCGCCGACAGCGGAGGCAGAGGCAGCAGCAAACGCGGAGGGUUCGGGGGAUGCAGAGCCACAGCAGCAGCGUCAGGAUGCAGCGCCGACGGAGGCAGAGGCGGCAGCAGAGGAGCCGCAGGCCGCGCCCUCAGACACGUCCGAGGCCGCCACGGACGAAGCAAAAUAUGACUACGGCCGCUUCACGACGGGCUACGACCCACCCUGCCCAGGCCCGACGUGCGCCAAGUGCGGUCGGGAUGCGGAGAGCGUCCGCUUCAGGCUCGCCCAGAAGAGCGCCAACGCGUGGUGGUGUGGGAGCUGCAACAGCAAGAGUUCGAUGGUGCAGCGCUGCUAUGCGCACUGGCCACCGCGCUCGUUCGCUCUCAUGCGCAAGGCGGACCAGCAGGCGUUCUGGCGCUCGAUGGACGACCCUUCCAUUGAGAACAUCGCUCAGUUCGAAGAGGAGCUGGUGAAGGUCCUCAGCGUCUCGAGGAAGGAACGCCUCUCGGAGACCAAGGGCGGGGAUUGGAAGCCCUUGUCCGUCUGGGCCCAGGAGGGGUACGACGCGGGCGCCGUCCGUGCCAACAACGACGUGAGGUACAAAUCCGACUUGAAACAGGAUUGCUACCGCAUCCGCAUCGAGGGCAGCAGGCAGGAAAACAUCGAAGAGACAGCGAGGCAGGAGCUCCGCCAGAACAGGAAGCCGCCGAGGCCAUCCCCACCGAAGCAUCAGAGAGCCGUGGAGCCACUCCCGCAAAAGACGCACCGCUCGCCGAGCGGUGGCUACGAGGGCCCCACAGGAGCCGCAGGGAAGGAGAAGGCCCGCUCGAGGAGCCGCAGGGCGCACAGCAAGAAGGACAAGGCCCGCUCGGGGAGCCGCAGGGCGCACAGCAAGAAGGACAGCCGCAAGACAGGUCGCCCCCAGUCUCGCGAGAAGCAGCGCUCGAGGAGCCGCAACGACCACGGCAAGAAAGGGGGGGGCUCGCGCAGUCGCAUCAGGAGGGAACGCAGCGAGCAGAAGCGUGUCCAGAAGGCCAUCAAGGACCGCAAGGCGUUGGCGAUGAAGACGCUGGAAAAGACGGGGUCCUGGGACGUGCAGCUCGCAUCGCUCCUCGACGGCGAGGAGUGCUCCAGGGUGCCGACCUGGGCGGUGAAGAACGCGAAGGACAGCCACAAGGAUAUCUCGAAGCUCAGGGAGGCCGCGAAGACCGCGCUCGAGGACCCCAGAGCGAGCUUGCCGUGCGAGGCGAAGGCCCUGGAGGCAGCCCUCGCCGACGCCAAGACCGCUGUCGGUGGCCUGCCUUCGGCCAUCGAGCACGCGAGCUGCUCAACGGCCAAGAAGUACAGCAAGAAGAACACCCCGAAGGACUGA